AUGGCGAAAGUCUGGAAAGCCUACUGCGAGCACCUUGCGGGUGCGAUGUGCUGCCUCUACGCCCGCUACCGGGCUCUGUGGGUAAAACAAGGCAUGGGCAAGAUCAAGGUCUUCCCGACUCCCGACUACAGGAGCAAGCAGCCAAGCGACCCAGUGGUACCCAAACUCCCCGCUACUGGAAUAUUGCUCGGACCGAGCAAGUCGGGCAAGACGGUGGCCCUGAUCUCCAUGAUUCUGGAGCAGACCGGCGACGCUGCCCUGGACACGCUGUUUAUCAGAGGCCGUCACUUUCAGAUAUCUACUUGGGUGAGCACCCAGAAGCUGCGUUUGAUAAGCAACGCGGUGCGGGUCAACGCCCAGUUCUUCAUGGUCUGGCGUUUAAGAAACCAGCUGGAAAAGGACAGCCUGCUGGAAGAGCUCACGGCCCUCGUUCCUAAGCAGCAGCUCCACGCCAUGUACGAAGAGGCCGUCCGGGUAGGGGCCCCGCCCGCUGAAGCAAACGAACAAACGGACGCCGGUUAUGGGAACGUGAAUUGUUGCACCUCCGCUGCAGCAGCAAGGGUCUACGAUCCCUCCAGGAAAAGACACAUGACGACCAUUUACGUGGAUUUCCGGAAAAGGGUCGCCGGCACCGACGCCGACUUCGAGUUUGACGUAGGGGAAACGGUUCACCUGCAGAACUCGGCCCGCUUGGGAGUCUUCAAGAUCAGGGUGGCCGACACGUUCUUGAGCACCGACAGACACCUAUCUCUAUUGGAGGGACGCCGCCCUCAACACCUUGAAGUGGGCGCAGCUGCCCGUGGGAGCCUACACCGGGGUCCGCCUUGCUGCGUGGAUCAGCAGCAACUUCGGCAUGGCCGUCCACGGGGAAUCCACCAACGAGAUCGCGGUGGCCUGAGAUGGCAACAGGACCAUCCUCAACGACUAAGAGCUGCAGACCCUCUUCCCCAGUUCCGCAAGCUACCCCGCGGGCGCCACGACAUCAUUGCCAAGAUCAUUUGCAGCCAAGGCGUCGGCUACAUCAUGCAGUCCAGCACGGACGACAACCACUUGGUCAACAUCCAGGACCCCAUCACCUUGCGGUACCUCCGCUUCAAACUGACCGAUUUGAACGGCAAUGUGGUGAAUCUGCGGGGCACUAGCAUCAGCUUCUGCGUGUACUUGGCAACCAAGUCGGAUGAGCAGGCCCCUGCUGCGGACGAAACGAAGCCAAAGCGCGGGCGGGGUAGGCAAGACAACAUGAUGACCAUAGAGCCUCGCAACGAGGCCACGAUGCUGCGGCAGUUCUGGAAAAAGUACCCCUCUUACAACUUGAACUCGCUGAUGCGAAAGCGCUAUGAGGAACUCAUGGACGCCAAGGCCUUCAACGAGUGGCUGUCGAACCGACAGCUCAAGCAGGAAGGUGAGGCCUACGCAGAUGCCAUGGGCAGACUCACCGAGGCCGUCAACCACAGAGUUCUCCAGCUCAGGCGCCCCGACUUCGGGGAAGUUCUGGCGUUCAUCAACGAGGGGGAACCGCUUAACUUUCCCUUGCCCAACCGCAAGGCCGCGAUCUACACAUCCAGCCACUUCUACCUGACGAGUUCCCUCAGUCCACCGAGCUGA